AUGGAAGAGAAGAGUCUGAUUCUCGAGGGUCUUCCGGAUGAUUUCCACAGAGUCAAACCAAAGGUCGAGCUUUACUUCAGAAACAAAAGAAGAUCUGGAGGAGAAACCUUGCAGAUCCGAGAACAUCCAGACGACAAACGAAAAGCACUGCUGGUCUAUAUAAGAGACGAGGAUCUGAAGAAGGUGCUUGACAAAAGGAUCCAUAAAGUUGAUAUCAAACCUCAUGGAUCUGUUGAAGUGACCGUGAAGCUCCCAGAAGAAACACAAAUCAAGAUCAAACCACAAGUACUGCCCAAACCCAGACCAGAGACCCUUGCCCUGAGAUCAUCGCCCGCUGCUGCCAGACAGGUCAUUAUUAGGAUUAUUAAUAUCAGACCACACGCUUCCUCAUGCUGAGCUCUUCUGAAGGACGAGGAAGCACCUGAACGCUGUUGACCCUGACACAAACAGACUCUAGUUUGACCUGCUAGCAGUUAAUCUAGCACUCAUCGGGUUUACUUUCAGAUUUUUAUGUUUGAUAACUUACUUGAAAUUAAUCUACACCAUUUAUGCAGCCAGAACCUGAUCUUGAUUUAAAUGUCAAAGGAAAUAUAAGAAUUACAAUGUAAAUGUUAUUUAUUUAAUUUGACUAAAUGUAGUCGGAUUAUUGAUUUCCUCACACUU